GACAUCCGCAACAUAAAACAUCAAUUCGGACUACUACCUACCUCUCUUCCAGUCGUUGCUUCGGACAUUAAACAAGUCGAUAUUCUAGACUUUUUCUAGCCCAUCUUCCUCCCGAAACUCAUUACCAUACACGAACUACAUCUCUCUUGUACACACGAGUCAUGUUUCUCUCAAACAGAGCGCCUGAGAAGGCCCUUCCCCGCUUCCAGACAAAUACGCCACUGGAUUCAACAUUCGACAAGGACAUUCGGGAUACGCAUCUCAUCUAUGACUAUGACGCCGAAGACGCGGAGGGCAACCCGGAAAAGUGGCGUUACGAAAUGUGGUUCUUCUCCGAGGACCGCGUCGUCUACGCCAUCCACGGCGGGCCCAUGAACGGCCGCAUAAACUACCAGACGGCGACUUAUCAAUGCAUCCGGCCCGGCGAAUUGUGGCAGGUGAAUUGGUUGGAAGAGACGGGAACGGUGUGCUCCUUGGUGUACGACAUUCCCAAGCAGAAGAUUUCGACUCUUAUUUCGUUCUCGAGAGGGCACUGGGAGAACCCUCAGGCGGCGCACGGUGACAAGCGCAACCCGGGAGACUUUGCGAGAUGGAGAGUCCUCUCGAGAUUUGGAAACCAAACAGAUAGGUUCAUGUUGUCUGAGCAGGCGGAUAUUGUCGAAAAUUUCAAGGGAAGAGGGGAUCUUGUACCGAUAGAGGAUCAUGCGAAAACGUUCUGAGUCUUUUCUCCACGCGCGUGUGCUUUUAUGUUAGCAACUGUAUAGGCAAGAGCCGGAGUUAAAUCAAAGAUCCAUGUGCUUUUACGCAAAAGAUUGUCAGUCUAUACGAGACCGGAGCUAUCGACCACACAAUGCGGUGUAUUCCACCAGCUGCUAGAUGGCGUGAAUACAUAUACACGUGUGUUUUAACGAA